AUAAUAUUAACAAGAUUACAAAAGAUAUAGAAACUUGACAUAUAAUAUUCGAAGAUCUAAGAACCCUAAAAAUGAGAAAAGAAACUAAGACUAGUGAAUAUCAACACCAAUUUCUUACUUGGACCAAGAGGAACUCAAAGAACCCCCAAGAUCCUAGUUUCUAGCCAAGAGACAAUACAAGGAUCACUCUCCUUGUGAAUUUUAGUUUUGGGGCUUCUCAAGUGAAGAGAGAAGUUCACAAAAAUUACAAUGUAGUUGUUGUCUUCAACAUUAUGAAUGAACUAAGGCCAAAAUAACCCUAAUGUUGUCGAUUUAUAUUACACCACAAAUGAAAGAUAAAAUAACCAUUUAACCCUUGCCAUGGGGUGGCCUUGGAGGGUAGGUUUAUUAUACUUCAAGGAUCCUCUUCACACUUACAAAUAUUUAAACUAUUUGGUAGAUCAAGUACUAACUCCCACACGGCCAUUUGCAUGAACAAGGCUUAGUCGUUGUAACUCACGUGCUUGGCUUCAUGUGAAAGGUCUCGAGCUAGGAAUUCCCAUAUCACAAGGUGAUGAAAAUAAUAGGACAAUUAAGGCAAUUUUAUGAAACAUGGAUAACUGAUUUUUCUCCAAUGACACUAAAAGUGUUGCAAGAUAACAUAUCAAAAUCAAUGAAGUGUAAUAUUAAGUGGAAUGGUGAAUUUGGUUUUGAGCUUAAGAAUGUGAAUUUGAGGGAUAAUACUUGUACAUGUUGGUCUUGGAUGUUAAAAGGUAUGCCUUGUUGUCAUGCCGUUGCUGCACUACACUUUAGAAGACUAGAACCCAUUAACUAUAUUGCACAUUGGUAUACUAAGGAAACUUACCUCAAGACCUAUAGUUACUUCAUUCAGCCUGUCACUGAUAUGCAAAUAUGGCCCAAGUCAUCUAACAUUCCUAUUAUACCACCUAUAAUAAGAAAGCUUUCAGGUAGACCUACAAAAUCUAGAAGAAAAAAACAGAAUAAAAAUAAGACUGGAAAGUUGUCAAAGAGAGGUGUUGAGAUGACCUGCAACACAUUUCAAGACAAGGGUCAUAAUAAGAGGAUUAUCCAUUGACUUCUUUUGCCUCACCAAGCACAAGUAGAGAAAAAGAAAGACCAAAAGAUUCUACAUAGGUAAUAUUCACUUGUAAUUUACUGGUAUUUUAAUUCUUUUUCAUUUUUUAUCUCAUUUUAUUUUUUCUUUUCUAUUGUAGGUUGCAGCAGCAGCAACAACAGUAGCUGUUGCUAUUAGUACCAUUGGCAGAGGGAGAGGAUCAGCUACGGUAACUACAGCAAUAGCUACUACUGGUACUACUAGUAGAGGGAGAUGAUCAACAACAACAACUACAGGAAUAAUUGCUACUGGUACUACUGGUAGAGAGAGAGGAUCAGCUGCAGUAACUAUAGGAACAACUACUACUGGUACUAAUGGUAGAGGGAGAGGAUCAACUGCAGCAACUGCUGCUACUAUGGGUGUUGUGGAGCUAGUAAAGGUAGAGGAUUUUAUGUUGCAGUUGUUGGUAGAGCUGGUAGAGGCAGAUGAGUUAAUGCUGCAGUUGUUGGCAGAGCUGGUAGAGGUAGAGGAGUUAGUGCUGCUGCUGUUGGUUGUGCUAGUACAACAAGAGAAACUGGUAGAGGUAGAGGAGUUAAUACUACUGCUGUUGGUUGUGCUGAUACAGCAAGAGGAGCUGCUGGUGUUGCUACUUCUAGUCAUAGUGUCACUGGUGCUAACAAAGGUAGAGGAACACCUUAUAAAAGACCUGAGAUGGUUGGAAUGGAGGUGCUUCAAACAAAGAGUAGUUUUAGAAUCCUCAAUCUUGGAAUGCCUAUGAACUCCUCCAUAGUGAUUGGACAUCUUGGACAUCACAAACCAACAUCAGGUGUAAAAUAGAAAGGAAAGAAAGCUGUGACCCAGCAAGGACUUGAAGACGUAAGAGCACAAAAAAGAAUGAGGACAAGGUCAAAUGCUGCUGAACUGAAUCAUCU